CGCGACAGUUUUACAGCAGGUCGGCGAGGCGGUGGAGCCAGGAUGGCGUCGGGGAGCGGGAUGAAAAGUAUGGACUUCCGCAAGAAGUGGGACAAGGAUGAGUACGAAAAAUUGGCACAGAAACGGUUACAGGAAGAAAGGGAGAAACGAGAUGCGAAGCCACCAGUACCGAUCAAGCGGGAACUCCUGCGUCACAGAGACUAUAAAGUGGAUUUGGAAUCGAAGUUGGGGAAAACGAUCGUUAUCACGAAGACAACCCCCCAGUCUGAAAUGGGAGGAUAUUACUGCAAUGUUUGUGACUGUGUUGUGAAGGACUCCAUCAAUUUCCUGGAUCAUAUAAAUGGCAAAAAACACCAGAGGAACCUGGGUAUGUCCAUGAAGGUGGAGCGCUCAACAUUGGACCAAGUAAAGAAACGCUUUGAAAUCAAUAAAAAGAAAAUUGAGGAAAAACAAAAGGAGUAUGACUUUGAGGAGCGCAUGAAGGAGCUGCGGGAAGAAGAAGAAAAAGCAAAGGCUUACAGGAAGGAGAAAUUGAAGGAGAAGAAACGAAAAGCAGAAGAGGAGCUGACGUUCGAGGAGGAUGAUGAGAUGGCAGCAGUGAUGGGAUUCUCCGGCUUUGGAUCAUCGAAGAAGAGCAGCUGACCGAGCCACCACUUGGGCAUCGGACAUCCUUUCUGUGACUUUCCUCCUCCCUCUUUCUUUCUCCCCCUUGCUUCCUUACUUCCAUUUGAAAUGAUGUUGCGUGUAGUGUGAAUGAAGGUGUUUGUUAAUAAAGGAUUUUUAAAAAAAAAAGUUAUCCCUUCCUGUAAGAGCCUUUCAACAAAAGAUGCUUUUGGAUUCAGUCACUUAAGAGUUAUUCACAAGCAGGGGGAGAUCUUUCUGUCUCUUUGAACAUUCAGUUAGAUCCCGGCUGACCUGGAGGGGUUUUCCUUUGUGCUAAAAGUACUGUAUUUUGCAAUGGUUUCCCCAACUUUCCCCAUUCUUCUUCUCCUGAGUGAGAUGAUGACCAGAGGACAAUGAAUCUGUGAAAUUCAUUGCCACAGACCGCCAAGUCACUGGGUAUAUUUAAAACGGAGAUUGAUAUACUCCUGAUUAGUCAGGGCAUCAAAGGUUAUGGGGAGAAGGAGAAUGGAGUUGAGAUGGAUAAUAGAUCAGUCAUGAUGGAAUUGUGGAAUAGACUCAAUGGGCCGAAUGGCCUAAUUUUGCUCCCAAGUCUUCUGGUCUGAUGACUGUUGCCAGCAGGGAAGGAACCCUGUGGUUCAAUUUCUGCCCUAUACCAGGACUGACCAUCAAAAAUCAGGACAAGUUUGGGGUUGUUCAAUUGGCUCUGUUUCUAUUGUGAAAGAGGAUGCUGGGCGGCAGAUUCCAAUGAAUAAUGAUUAAGUAGCAUUUUUUGCUUAAGUUGUCCAAAGCAUUAGAAGCAGCUGUGAUGGCCCUGUCGUUGUCUUAAGCCCAUCACUCCUACUGGGGCAUAGGUCGCUGACAUCAACUUACCAGAUUCCUCUGUCCUGAGCCAAAACAAGGUUGAUCAACUCUGGCUUCUGCUUUCAUCACGAUUUCAUAUGUCUUUCGGGCAGUCUCCCAGGGAUGAGUUUUUUAGAGCUUCUGUUGGCGUUUCUGUAGCUGUGGGGUUUUACAGGAUGGGGUUGCGAGCCCUAUGCCCAAUCCUCCUCUUUUGCAGCCAGGCUUUGGACGGUCUAUGGUGGAGUAUGAUGUCCCUGUAGCUGAAUAUGUUCUGUUGCAUGUCAAAUAGCUGUGAUUCUAGAGCAUUCCUCAUCAUUGGAGUCAGUGCACUGCCAGUAAACCUUAAAGAGCUGAAAAAUAAGUCAUAUAUUUGAUUUUUGUUAAACUUUCUCUGGUCCUGAUCUAGCUGUACAAUACAAAUCCUUUAUUAAGCAUCUUUUGGUUGACUAUCAAAGACAAUUCAGGCCCUUGAAAAUUUCUUUUGACUGAGAACUGUGUUGUGUGCAUCAUGAGGGGGGAGUGCAUGCCAUUGAGAGGGUUAAACUGCCGAAACUACAUACAACAUUGUCCUUUUGAACUGCAAGCAUUUUUCUGGGCCUCUUGACUUAUUUCUCGCCUUUUUAUGCACAAGCCUUUAAUUAAUACAUCUCAUUACUGUAAUGAACAUUGCUUGUGGCCCAGUGAGUAUCCAGGUGUGUAAAUGGUUUCACAAUCUGUAUACUGAACUUUGACAAAGUUCAAAGUAUAUUUAUUAUCAAAGUACGUAUACGGUAUGUCACUAAAUACUACCCUGAGAAUUAUUUUCUUGUGGGUGUUCAUUGAAUGAAGGAAUACAAUAGAAUCAGUGAAAAGAUAGACACAAAGACUGACAAGCAACUGCAAAAAAUGAAUAAGUAAAUAAAUAAUACUGAGAACAGGAGUUGUAGAGUCUUUGAAAGAGAGUCCAUAGAUUGUGGAAUCAGUGUUGAGGUGGGUGAAGUUAUCCAUACGGGUUCAGGAGCCUGGUGGUGAAGGGCAAUAUCUGUUCCUGAACUUGGUGGUGUGGGAUCAGAGAAUCCUGUACCUCCUUCAUGAUAGUAGCAGUGAGAAGAGAGCUUGGCCUGGAUGGUGGCGGGGGGUGGGGGGUUCUUGGUAAUGAAUGCCUUCCCAGUGAUUGGGCCAGUCUUCAAGUGUGUGCUGAAGGAAAUCAGACUGGGUUCCUGUUCCACAUUGUGAAUGGAUCCCUACCCAUUUUGUCUCCAUGGACCUGCAGAUUUCUCUUUUCAAAUAUUCAUCCACCUCUCUGUGCUUUGCCCAUAUUUGUGCAUAGUACAUUCCAGAUCACAAUUGCUAGCAUUAAAACUAUUUUAAAUAAAUAGUUUGUUUUUGGAUUAGUGAGUGAGAGAGCAAUUAGAACAGACCAAGGAUGUUUUCAGGACCUGAGGGAAAGGUUAGAACUUUAUUCCCGGGAGCAUUAGCGAUUGAGGAGAGAUUUGAUAAAGCCCUACAAAUUGAAGAGGAGUAUAGAUGGGGUUAAUGCAAGCAGGCUGUUCCCAUUGAGGUUGGGUGGGACUAGAACUAGAGGUUAUGGGUUAUGUGUGAAAGGUGAAAUGUUUAAGGGGAACCUGAAGGGAAACUUCUUCACUCAGAAGGUGUUCAGAGUGUGGAAUGAGCUGCCAGUGGGAAAUGGUAGAUGUGAGUUUGAUUUCAACAUUUAAGAGAAGUUUGGAUAGGUACAUGGAUAGGAGGGAUAUGGAGGGCUCUGGUCCUGGUGCAGGUCAAUGGAACUAGGCAGAUUAAGUGAUCAGCAUGGACUAGAUGGGCAGAAGGGCCUUUUUUUGCUGUAGUAUUUUAUGACAAACAGUUGCCCUUUCUAAAAAUGGUGUAAUAAGAUGGGAGAGGUGCAAUGUCAAACAAUAUCACCUCUAUUACUUGUAUUUCUAAAAAAAAAUCUGCAUAUUGGAGUAAAAAAAUCUAAAAAUAACAACCUGUUCAAUCAUUUGCAAGAAAUUCUCUCUUGCUGGGCAAAAGCCUACUGUAUGUACACUAGUGACCUGAAUGUAAAUGGUGAAUCCAUGGAAAAGAAUAAACAGUUGAUAUUCCAGUCCUGAUGAUGGAUCUUGGCCCAAAACGUUGACUGUACUCUUUUCCAUAGAUGCUGCCUGACCUGCUGAGUUCCUCCAGCAUUUUGUGUGAGUUGCGUUGGAUUUCCAGCAUCUGUGGAUUUUCUCUUGUUUGUAAAUGGUGAAUGAUCUGAGAAACAAUCUGAAUGUAAGUCAGUCUUCCUCUGUGUCAGGUUUCUGUCCGUGUCAUGUGUGCUGUGUUCUGACUAUUCUUCUUUUACUCUUCCAGUUGACAUUUUCUAAUGCAAAGGUUUUCUUUCUGUAUCCGUCUGUGACUUCCGAGCAGCGUC